AUGGCCGAAACGAAAAUUUCUGAUCAGUUUGCUAUUCUUAAAGCUCCUAAAGGUACCCGUGACAGAAACCCUGUUCAAAUGAGUAUUUUGGAAAAUGUUUUCGGUGUCAUCCGAGCUUGCUUUAAACGUCAUGAUGCCGUAUCUAUAGAAACACCCGUUUUCGAACUCCGAGAAGUUUUAACUGGCAAGUACGGUGAAGAGUCAAAACUGAUCUACGAUCUUGAGGAUCAGGGUGGUGAACUUCUUUCUCUUCGUUAUGAUCUUACGGUUCCAUUCGCACGUUAUGUUGCAAUGAAUAAAAUCCGCAACAUCAAACGAUUCCAAAUCGGUAAGGUUUAUCGUCGGGAUCAACCAGCCAUGAACCGUGGUCGUUUUCGGGAAUUUUACCAAUGCGAUUUCGAUAUCGCUGGUGAUUAUGGCUUAAUGAUGGCUGACGCUGAAUGUCUGCGUAUUGUCUACGAGGUACUUAGGGACUUGAAUUUGGGAGAAUUUGUCAUCAAAGUAAAUCACCGAAAUUUCCUUGAGGGCCUUUUUGCCGCUUGUGGUGUUCCCCCUGAAAAAUUCACCACUACCUGUUCCUCUGUUGACAAACUUGACAAAACUCCAUGGGAAACCGUGAAACACGAGUUGCUUAAUGAGAAAGGACUCUCUCCGGAGGCCGUCGAUCUCAUUGGCCACUACACUCAAAUAGCCGGUGGUGCUGAAGUCCUUGACAAGCUUGAGGCUGACCCUCUUCUCUCCGAAUCAAAAAUCAUUCAACAGACGCUAAAGGAGAUGCGCACUCUGGUAGAAUACUGUGAAGCUAUGGGCAUCAUGUCAAAUCUCAAAGUUGAUCUCUCACUUGCACGCGGUCUUGACUACUAUACGGGUGUCAUCUACGAGGCAGUCCUUACAGGAUUCACUUAUGACGGAAAGCAGCAACAGGCUGCAGAGUUGGCCCCGCCCACAACAGACCAGCAGAUACCAAAGAAGUCCUCAAAUAGGAAGAAAGGUAAGGGCGGCAAAGGUAAACAAUCCCAAGCCGAAGAUGGAGAAGAUGAAGAUGUUAGCAUGGAAGGGGCAGUGGGAAGUGUAGCCGGUGGUGGCCGUUAUGACAACCUGGUGAAUCUCUUCUCACCAAACUCUCCCGCGGUGCCCUGUGUUGGAGUGAGCUUUGGUGUUGAACGUCUUUUGGCCAUCUCCGAGAUGCUGGCUCGUAGACGUGCUGCUGCUGGAGAUACCAGUGCCUCUGCUUCUGUUAGAGCUACAGAAACUGAGGUUAUGAUUAUUGUCGCCCACAAAGGUCUCAUUACACCACGUCUUCAGAUAGCACAAGAGCUAUGGGACGCUAAUAUCAAGACGGCUUUUUCACACAAGAACCAGCCCAAGCUUCUGGAUCAGCUUCAGUACUGUGAGUCAACAGGCAUCCCCCUUGCAGUCUUGAUCGGUCAAACCGAGUUGGAACGUGGAGUCGUCAAGCUGAGACAUAUCAGUACACGAGCCGAGCGUGAAGUUGCCCGUACUGACUUGGUCUCUGAAAUCAACAAGGAACUCACUUUAAUACGCAAUGGCGUUUAUCAGUAA